AUGCCUCUCAAUCUUCGCAGCUCGUUUCCCAGGAGCCUACGGCGUAGGAGAGGUUCAAUCGCGAGUACUAUUCCCCCGUGUUCAUCCUGCGCAACUACCCAACAGCGCCGAAACCUCUCCACGCGUCGGGAGCCCUGCUCCGCUCCUCGGUUCCGAACGCAAGCGCACCUACAUAAAUCGUCGCCAAUAUCACGUCUCAAUUCUCUUGCAAGGCCAGGUGCAAAACUAUACUCGACCGCCCCAACAACUGCUCACACAGCCCGCCAUGUUCCCUUGCGGUUAAGGGAGGUGUACGAGUCGCUCGUGCAACUUCAGAGCAUUGCGCCGGAGCAGGUGAAUCUGAGUCGGCUGCAGCUGGCGCUAAGAGGACUGGAGACUGAGGAGCCUUUAAUCAGGGUUGCGGUUCUGGGUUUGAACGAUGUUGUUGCCGCGAGGAAACUGGUCAGGCUCUUAUUGGCUGAUCCUUUGAAAGAGAGGGAGGAUUGGGAGGAUAUGUUGGAUUCGGUGUCUGAAAAUGGAGAUUUGGAGAGGGGGUUGCUGAUUAGUGAGUUAGCUAACAAGCGCAGAUACGGAGAAGUGUCGGAGAGUAUCUCGAACCACCUCGUCCCUACAAUCUCGGUACCGUCGCAGAUCCUGAAGAAGGCGAGGCUUGAAAUCCUGGUUACAAGUCUAGGCGCGCAGACGGAUAUGUCUGGAGCAAGAUUAACCGCAGAUGCGUUCCUUGUGCCGACAGUGACAAUCCGGACCUCGCAUACGGGACGGCAUAAUAUGGUGCGAUAUCCGGUACAUAGGAGUAUUGUGUGCGCGCAAGGAGUUGACGGGCUACUUGCCUAUAGUGGGUUGAUUGCUCAAUCGGACCUUAGGAAGGAAGCGGGUUCUAUAUUUGCGGCUGUCGAGCUAGAGGGUUCCGGGCUCGCUAUCAACGAUGACCGGCUUUCUUUUGUGGAUACCAACAAGGCCGCCGAAGCCUUGGAUAAGUUCCGCGAGUCUGUACGGAACGCGGCUCUGUACGAGCGUGGAUGGAACAGCAGUGGUGUGCAGCCGGUUAUAGACUGGUUAUCGACUGCUCGGAAUGAAGAAGGGUCUCUGAAUACAUCUUUGAGGUCAUUAAUAACGUCGCUAAUCGACGCCGCCGAGCAGGGCGUAGUGACUGAGGAGACAAGAAGAUCCCAGGAACAGGAAGAAGCCUCUGUGCCGGAUGUCGUACGAGUGAGCAUGGAUCAGGUUGUGUCCGCGUGGGCUGAAAAAUCGCAUGCAGAACUGCGCAGCGCGCUUGAGGAAGGGUUCGCGACUAGAUCAUGGCACGGUCUGGCAUGGUGGAAGCUGUUCUGGCGCGUUGACGACGUGGGCAUGAUUACGUCGGAGAUUCUGGAGAAGAGCUACCUGCGUCGCGCUGAGAAGGACGUUAUCUGGACCGCUGGUCAACUCGAGCAGGCUGGCCUGCGAGAGCCAUCAGAGGAGGCCUUUAUUACUACAGAAGAACCCACGGAGGUGGCCAUAAAUGUUGACAACGGCAGUCAAAAUGUCGCCGUCUCUGUCGUGGAACCUCCGGAAGAGGGAGAAGAAAAAGUGCCAUGGCCCACUCAAAUCGCGAAAAGCCGUGAACAGCUUCUCACUACAACAGUACCAUCACUGCAGGCAAUGGCGCAACGUCUAGUCCUCUUCAGCAUCUCGACAACCUCACUAUGCACCGCACUCUCCGUUCUGACCUCUGUCUCUUUACCGACAGCAUCAGUAUACGAAACCGGCACCAUCGCUGCUGUUGGUCUGAUCUACUCGUUGCGACGGCAGCAGCGGAAGUGGGAAGUCGCGCGGGCAUUCUGGGAAGAAGAAGUGCGUGAUAACGGUCGAAUGGCCCUGCGCGAGACGGAGGAACAGCUGCGCAGGACUGUGCGCGAUGGCGGAAAGGUCCGGUUUCCUGUAACAGCGCAUGAGGCCCGCGAUGCCAUCAAGCAAGCCCGCGAUGCGCUCAACAAUGUACACUAGCCCGAUACCUAACUCAGAAAUAUGCAUGUACCAUAAUCAACUC